CUUCAGCCUGAAUCCAGCAUUAGUCUGAAUCUCCAGGACACAAAUGAAGAGAAACUGUUAGCUCUAACAGAUAGUCAAGAACCACCGGAAGUGGGCGGUGUGUCAGAGAGAGAGAGAGAAACUGCAGCGAAGUGUUGGAAACUAGACGACUGACUGAGAGAUUCCUGUUGUAGGUUUCUCACGUCGCUGCAGCCUCUCUCCGUAUUUUAUGAAAAAGGACAGCAGCUUGAGUCGCUCCUCAGAGGCUGGAUAGCAGAGUCCGGCCACGUGCUGUCACCUGCAUUAUCUUAUGACCUCCUGAUUGAUCCCACUUCAUGCUGUCUGCUGCUCCAUCAUUCAGCCUGCAGGCUGCUCUGCUCAGUCAGAGCUCCAGCCAGUGACACAGACAUAACAUAUUGCUGAAGCCUGCUGUUUCAGGCUUACAGGGAGGCAGGGAAGGGUGUUGAAGAUGGCAGUGUGGAUCCAGGCCCAGCAGCUCCAGGGAGAUGCUCUGCACCAAAUGCAGUCUCUGUAUGGUCAGCACUUCCCAAUUGAGGUGCGACAUUAUCUGUCCCAGUGGAUAGAGGGCCAGAUCUGGGAUGCCAUAGACCUGGAGAACCCACAGGAGGAGUUCAAGGCCAAACGCCUGCUGGACAGUCUGAUCCAGGAGCUGCAGAACAAGGCAGAGCACCAGGUGGGAGAGGAUGGCUUUCUACUCAAAAUCAAACUGGGACACUACGCCAGCCAGCUCAAGAGCACGUAUGACCGCUGUCCUCUGGAGUUGGUCCGAUGCAUCAAACACAUCCUCUACACAGAGCAGAGGCUCGUCAGAGAGGCCACCAAUUCGAGCUCGCCGGUGGGCGGGAUGAUGGACAGCAUGUCUCAGAAAUACCAGCAGAUUAACCAGGCUUUUGAGGAGCUUCGCCUGCUCACCCAGGACACUGAGAAUGACCUGCGCAAGCUCCAGCACAACCAGGAGUACUUCAUCAUCCAGUACCAGGAGAGCCUCCGCAUCCAGGCUCAGCUCACCAGCCUGGCCACGCUUCCCCCUGCUGACCGACAGCUACGGGAGCCUGCCCUUCUCAGCAAGAGAGCCACUGUGGAGGCAUGGCUGACCAGAGAGGCCAACACACUACAGAAAUAUAGACUGGACCUGGCAGAGAAGCACCAAAAAACACUGCAGCUGUUGAGGAAGCAGCAGACUAUCAUUCUGGAUGACGAGCUGAUCCAGUGGAAGAGACGGCAACAGCUGGCAGGCAACGGGGGCCCGCCGGAGGGAGGCCUGGACAUCCUGCAGUCCUGGUGUGAAAAGCUGGCAGAAACUAUCUGGCAAAACAGGCAGCAGAUUCGGAGGGCAGAGCACCUCAGACAACAGCUGCCCAUCCCCGGACCCAUUGAAGAGCUCCUAAAUGAACUCAACAGUACUAUCACAGAUAUCAUCUCAGCAUUGGUCACCAGCACCUUCAUCAUUGAGAAACAGCCUCCACAGGUCCUAAAAACCCAAACCAAGUUUGCCGCUACAGUGCGCCUCUUAGUGGGUGGGAAAUUGAACGUGCACAUGAACCCUCCGCAGGUCAAAGCCACCAUCAUUAGUGAACAGCAAGCCAAGGCCCUGCUGAAGAACGAAAACACAAGGAACGACAGCAGUGGGGAAAUUCUCAACAAUAACUGUGUGAUGGAGUACCACCAGACUACAGGAACUCUCAGCGCCCACUUCAGGAACAUGUCUUUGAAGAGGAUCAAGCGAUCUGACAGGCGAGGAGCAGAAUCUGUCACAGAAGAGAAGUUCACCAUUCUGUUCGAGUCCCAGUUUAGCGUUGGUGGCAAUGAGCUUGUUUUUCAAGUGAAGACAUUAUCACUUCCUGUAGUAGUGAUAGUUCACGGUAGCCAAGACAAUAAUGCCACAGCAACUGUGUUAUGGGACAACGCUUUUGCAGAGCCGGGACGGGUGCCUUUCCUCGUGCCAGACAAGGUGCUUUGGCCUCAGCUGUGUGACGCCAUCAACAUGAAGUACAAGGCUGAGGUGCAGAGUAACCGAGGCUUAUCUGAGGAGAACCUAGUCUUCCUGGCUCAAAAGGCCUUCAGCAGCUCAAGCAACAACCCUGACGACUACCGCAACAUGACUAUGACUUGGUCACAGUUUAACAGGGAAAGCUUGCCAGGCAGGAACUUCACAUUUUGGCAAUGGUUUGAUGGUGUGAUGGAACUCACAAAAAAGCAUCUCAAACCACACUGGAAUGACGGAGCCAUAUUGGGCUUUGUGAACAAGCAGCAGGCUCAGGACAUGCUGAUGUCCAAACCCAACGGUACUUUUCUUCUGCGCUUUAGUGACUCUGAGAUUGGAGGAAUUACAAUUGCCUGGGUGGCAGAAAAUCCUAACAAAGCAGGUGAGAGGAUGGUAUGGAACCUCAUGCCCUACACAACCAAAGACUUCUCAAUUCGCUCUCUGGCUGACCGCAUCAGCGAUCUCAAUCACCUCCUGUUCCUCUACCCCGACAGACCCAAGGAUGAAGUUUUCUCCAAAUAUUAUACCCCACCACUCUCCAAAGCAGUGGAUGGCUACGUGAAACCGCAAAUCAAACAAGUGGUGCCCGAGUUUGCUACAGCCAAUCCAGACCCAGCAAGUGGGAACCCAACCUAUAUGGAUCACGGCGCCUCCCCAGCACCUGUCAAUCACCCUCACACCUACAGCAUAUACCCACCUAUGAGUGACUCUAUGUUGGAUGCGGACGGAGACUUCGACCUGGACGACACCAUGGACGUGGCGAGGCAUGUAGAGGAGCUCCUCCGGCGGCCUGUUGAGAGCCAGUGGGGCGGCCAACAGUCCUGACCCUUGACCUUUUAACGCGUGACAACACCAAACAAACCCUGCCUCCCAACUUGCCCCACUCGCAUUGACUUUUCUCAUGGUUUAAUUCCAUUCAUUUUUCUUUUUUGUCAGAUAGCUUUAAUGUGAAAUGUUAAUAAUGGAUUGUGAUUGUUUUUUUUCUUUUCAGCAUGACAGCAUGCAUGUCAGUGACUUAUCUUAGUUUUAUUUGUGUCCAUUAAGUGUUUGUAAAACAGACUAGGUAUAAUGCAAAACCUACAAUGUUACAGUAUUGUGAAAAAGAAAAGAAAAGGUAAUGUUCAUUCACAUUGUGCAUGCAUUUCCAAUUGAUUUUGAAGAGAUCUUAAAAAAUAUGCUACUGUAUGAAGUCAUUUUAACAGCUGAAUGUUUUUACUUUGUUAUAUUUUCUUCUUUGUAAAUGGGUUAUCAGUAUUUUGAUAGUGAUGUUGAACUUGCCCUUUGACAAAAAAAAGAAACUUUAAUGAAGAGGUUUGCUUCUGCUCUUAACAACAUUAUCUGAUUCAUUGCUCUGCAGUUACGAUCAGUUUCAAAUCCAUAUACACUAACAUAAAGGCAGAGUGACUCUUUGCUCUCUGCAACUGACAGCACACACAUCAGCACACGGUACACAUGCACAAGUGUAAGAUGUAUUUGUUCUGAUUUGUUCACCAGCUGAAACCCAGUAGAGGGGGUUUAUGUACCUCCCUCACUCUCACAGGGCUAUUUGUCUUCUCUUUGUACACAGAAAUGCAAAUCUAAGCAUUUACCCAGCGCUGCCUGCUUGUCCUCUCAGGUCCCUCUGUUCCCCUCAUCAAUGCUACCUCGCAUUACUCUACUGACAGUUGUUGUUGCUAUUGGUAUGUUGUUGUUGCUGCACCAUAUUCUCACCAGUAGGUACGCUCCAUGGGUUUUGUUUUUGUAAUUUGUGUUAACAUGUAUGAAAGAAGAUCCUUUGCUGCCUGGCGGCCAUCUCUGUUGGCUGUUUUAUGCUUGAAACCACUCAUCUGAUGAAGUCUAGAGGCAUGAAUUGUCACAUGUCUGGUCGGUAUGCCUGAACAUUCUGCUGUGCUGCUCCCUUCUGACUUUUCUUCUUAUCCGUCCAUUCAUCCCUGUAGCUGUGUCAUGACACUGUGGCAAAACCAGCGAGUGCAAGUCUCUGUGUGACUAUGACCGCACCAGCAGCUGAAGUUGCAAGGCAUAGAAGGAUAGGUGCAGGCUUUUGAAUUCUUGCACAGGCUCACCAGAUGCUCGGUCACAUAUUUGAGCUCAAGCAUUUUGUGGCUUUUGUUUUUGUUCAAGAUUAGUUUUCCUUGUGCCUCCCCUAUUUGCUACACAUAAAUUAUAACAGAAACAUUAGCCUAAUAGAAAAGGUUGAGACUAUUACCCUACUCCCUCCACUGACACUCACACACACACAUACAUGCAACGCUGAAUAGAAAAAAUUUAGUUGACAACAGCCUUGCACCUCAGGAAUGAAAUGCUUUGCUUAGCUGAUGUAUAAGCCAAAUAAAAAAUACUAUGUAUACAGAAUAAAUGAAUUUAUUUUCUCUAUCAUAAUUCUAUUUUAUUAUUGUUUCUCUGGCACUCCCCUAUUGAAUGUAACCCCUUUGCAUGACCCUGUUGAGGAUUUACGUACAAAGAGCUCAUCAGUCUGAGCAGAAGUUUCAAGUCUCAUGUCACCAGAAGUACCAGUUGAAAAAGGACACAGAGCAACUGGAAGUCAGAGAAGAAUUUAUAAUGUACUUUUGUGUUUGUCUGAUGGAUAUUACAGUAUUAAAAAUAUUCCCACGUCUAUCUUUUAAUUUCUUCAUCAAACAUUUUUUUUUUGUAUCUCACUUUCUUUCCUGUUUUUGACAUUUCAUGGUACAUGGGCAGUCUUGUGAUAUACUCCUUAAUUACCAUUAUACUCAUAAUUUUUAAGCUUUGUUCCAGUGUAGAAUGUGUAUUUCUGUUCUUCUUUUUUUUUUUUUUGAUGAUGAUGAUGUAGAUGACGCUGUGUGCUGUUCGAUGUAUGUACCAUGUUUGUGGUUUGGGUUUAUCACUUGGAGGUUUUCCAAGAGAAACAGCUGUUGAGUUGAAAAGAAGAAAAUAAAGUUUUAUAAUUAAUUUUAA